AUGAAUAUAUUUUUUCCACUACUUGUUUGUGUAAAGUUACUUUUUUUAUUUUUUAAAUUAACAAUUAACGCUAAGAAAAUAAUUAAUAAAAAUAUAAAAAAUAAAACAUUCAUAUUAAAAAAGUCUAAGAAUAUAAAUGGAAUUUAUUUUAUUAAUACAAAAUUAAAUAGAAUAGAAAAUAAAAAAAAUAAAAAUAAGAAAAAUAAGAAAACGAAAUUAUUUUGUGAUAAUAAUGAUAAUGUCAAUAUAAUGGAACAACCAAAUAAUAGUGUCAAUAUAUCUAAGGAUAACAAUUCAUUUAUUUAUUUGAAUCGUAAGAAGAUGACAAAUUUACUUCUAAUAGUUAAUUAUGAUGGUACGAAUUAUAAUGGUUGGACUGGAUUAGAAAAUAGUAGUGAAGUAUAUUUGAAUGCUCUACAAAAUUAUAAAAAUAGAAAAAAAACAGAACGUCAAAAAUAUAUAGAAAGAAAAAAAUAUACUACUGUUCAGAAUAAUAUUCUCGAUUGUAUAUUAAAAUUACAUGGAUAUAAAUAUAUUCACAAUAAUAACAAUAAUGAACAUAUUUAUAAUAGUUAUGACAAUGAUGAAACAAAUAAUUCUAAUAGUGCUCAUCUUAAUGAUCAUAACCAAAAUAAUAUAAGUAAUAUUAUAAAUAAUAAACCAUUUGAAUUUAUUGGUGUUAGUAGAACUGAUAAAGGGGUACAUGCAAAAGAAUAUAUUUGUCAAUAUAUAUCAUAUGAAAAAGAACCACCAUGCGAUGGAAAUAUGGAACACAUAAAAAGAUCAUUGAACAGUCUAUUAAAUAAAGAUAUAAAAAUAUUAGCUGUGCUAAAAAGCCCACAUGAUAAUUUCAAUAUUAGAUUUCAUAAUUCUGGAAAAAUUUAUACUUAUAAUUUGGAUAUUAGAAAUCCUAGUCAACCCUUAGAAAGAAAUUAUGCAUGGCAGCUUUAUGACGAUCCAAGGUUUUUCUUCUUAUCAAAAAAAACAAAAAAACAUAACAAGGAAAAAACACAAAAUGAUAUACAUACUAUACUACAAACGUGUGCAAUACCAGGGGAUGAAAAUGGUAAGAAGGGGUUAUAUAUAACUAGCAAAAAAGAAGAAGAUAUAAAAGAUAUUUAUGUCGAAGGGUUAACUCAUCUCUUUGAAGAAGAUUAUAUUAGUAAUGGAACAUAUGAUGAUGAAGUUAUGUCAGAUGAGACACAAAAUUAUAUAGGUGGUGACAUUAUAUCAAGUAAUAAUAUAUCAAGUAAUAAUAUAUCAAGUAAUAAUAUAUCGAGUAAUAAUAUAUCAAUUAAUAAUAUAUCAAGUAAUAAUAUAUCAAGUAAUAAUAUAUCAAGUAAUAAUAUAUCAAGUAAUAAUAUAUCAAGUAAUAAUAUAUCAAGUAAUAAUAUAUCAAGUAAUAAUAUAUCUACUAAUAAUAUUUCUACUAAUAAUAUACCUAUUGAUAAUAUUUCUAGUAAUAAUAUACCUAUUGAUAAUAUUUCUAGUAAUAAUAUAUCUACUAAUAAUAUUCCCCCUAGUAAUGAUCCCCCUUAUGAUAACCCAACAAGUGAUCCCCCCCUUUUUUAUAAUAAAAAUAUGAAAAGUUCAUAUAACGACAUAAGCUACAGUAUAAAAAUAAUAAAUAGAGAAAAAGAAAUACGGUCAGUAAUACCAUGUGAUAUUAAUAAAAUAAAAGAAUGUGCCAAGUUAUUUAUAGGACAUCAUAAUUUCGAAUGUUUUCGUGGAACAUUAAAAGGAACAGAGAAAUUAAGAAAAAUCAAUACUUAUUGCACGAUUCAUUUUUUAGAUGUAUAUGAAUUAAAAAAUAAUUUAUAUCAAUUUGUUAUACAAGGGGAUCGAUUCUUAUAUCAUAUGAUUAGAAUUAUUGUAGGUACCCUAGUUCAAGUCGGUGUUGGUCUUUUAAAUAUAGAAGAUGUAAGAGAUGCGUUGUAUUUAUGUAAGCCUCUUAAAGUUAAAUUGUGUGCCCCUUCACAAGGCUUAUGUUUGAAUAAAAUAUUAUUACAAGAGCCACUGGAUAAAUUAGUAGGUUCUGCUUUAAUAUCAAAUUAG